UGAUUCACACUCUGUCCCUAUCCCCACAAAAAAACCCACAACAACAUUUUGGACACCGACCUAACACCACCCACAAAUUCAUUCAUUUUGGAGGACACCGCACCACACUACUGCUCAGGUGAGGUAUUAUCAACAGCUACAGCAAUAGCAAAAAAAAAAAAAACGAAGCAAGGUCGAGUGAAGAGAAACCGGAUAUUGAAUACAAGUAUCAACUGAAGGACAACUCUUUUUCCCGAAAUGACACUGAACAACAACAACAGUAACAAAGGGGUAUUAAGAGAGUACGAGAAAAGCUGUGGCAGAGUUUUGAUGGACAGUCGAUGGAAGAGACUGCGGUGCAUGAAGCUGCGAAAGGUUGUUCGCCGUGAUAAUAGAAGCUUCCCUUACCAUUGAGAUUUAAUGCAUUGAGCCAGUGUAAUUAUGCUGAAAGCUCGGCGAUGACUUCAAACACCUUUCAAAGCUUGAUCAACAAUCGAGUUUUCAGGUUAAAGCUCAACACAGCACGCUGAAAACCAUUCUCUUGCUUAAAGCUCAUAAAGCUGCUGAUCGCAAUUCAGCAAGUUCACGUGCAACGCCAAAGCUCUGCCACAGCUCAACCUCAAUGCACUUUUCAACACGGAAACAAACAGACUUGAAUAAUUCAGUUGUCGGACUUAAUGAGAAGACUGAAAGUUUAGUUAGGUAUCAUAAACAUACACAUUUUUUAAAAAGAAAAACAGCUUUCAUUACCAUUUGCUUCAUUCAUAAACUCAUUCAUUCAUCAAGCCAUUGCCAGCGCUAAUCGGGCCAAAUAUCGAGAGUGAGUCGUGGCUCAGCCAAAAGAUAAUGACGUCCGUCUAAUAUGACAAUCGAAAUGAACAAGACUCAACGUUUAAUUGCAAACAUAUAUAUAUGUCUAUGUCUAUCUAUUGAUGAAACCCAUGCCCCUUAAACAAAAGAGAUGAAAUGAGUGAAGGAAAAAUACCAUCGAACACCUAUGACGUCAGCAAGGAUGUGCAAGAAUUGUUGUUUCUGAUUGAUUCGAUUUCUGUUUAUUUCGGAUUGCCCAUAAUAUUUUAUUUAGUUCUCUCUUUUACUGGCAACUGCUGUUGGAAAUUAAUAAAAUCUCGAGAAAUGCAAAUAGAAAUAGAAAAAAAAACGAUGCAAAUGAAAACGAACAUAGAAUCAAUAUAAAAUGCAUGCCGUAAAAACCAGAUGCACAACGAGCCGAUGAUUUUACCUGUCUGUCUGUCCACUCGCUUGGCCAAUGGGGAAUUGGAUGUGCAAUGCCAUUUUUCGCUGGUUUCCCUCACAUGCCCUGUAGUGCAGUGUGAAAUGGGUAGCAUAGGCAUUUAUAAGCUAACUAAAUUCAAAUUGAGUGUCGAUUAAGAAUUUCAUUCUUACUUAUACACAUAUUGAAUAUUUAGUGUGCGCACAAAAGUAUGCAAUAAUUUUUGUCACCGUUAACAGAGUAUUCUUGGAGUCGAAACAGCUUGGCAAGUUUCGUUUUUCAGUUUGUUUUCCUUUCGAAUUUCGUUGGAAUUGCCGAUGGGCGUUGUCCUUGCUUUCAUUUUGCGUCCUUGAUGCCACCUCCGUUGCUCUCUCGCUCCCUCUCCCCCUUCUCCCCCACCACCAACCAAUUUGUCUUUGGGCAUUUGGCAAGGUAACUGUGAAUUGUACUGCAUACCUAAGUAUCUACUCUAACCAUGUAUGUCUUCAGCCACACAUACUAUAUACAUAUAUGAAAUAUAUCUGAAAAUACGUAUAUACAUUACUAGUUUAUGUACUUACCAAAUUGUGCCUUCAGUUUUGUGUGUGUGGGAAUGAAUUCAAGUGCAAAUCAGGAUUAAUCCUUUGUGCUCAGCAGUUGAUUACAAUUCGCAAAUUAUGUAUGAGAAUUGCGAGCGAACAAUGAAGGCAACAUAUAGUACGACUUUAACAUAAUUUGCAACAGCUCAGUUCCAAAUGAAUAUAACCAAAAGUGAACUAGCUAAAUAAUACAAACAUUUUGUGCGUGUGCGUAUGCCUGUGUGGGAGAGAGAGAGAGAAAAAGAGGGAAAUAUAUGCAUUUUUUUGUAGCCCAAUACAUCAUCUUAGUAUUUGUGCUGUGUGUGCUGUGUUUAUUUUUUUUUUAUUGUUCUGUGUUGUGUAUUCUGUGUGUGUGUGUGUGUGUGUGUGAUCAGUUGCUUCUAUUCUUUUUCGUGUUGUGCUGUACUGUGUGUUGUUUAUUGUGUAUUGCACUUAUCGAAAACCAAUCCAACCCAAUCCAUUCAAUCACCAUCCAGCUGAGCCCACUGAGGAGCAACUAUGAGUUGAUGCCCCAAGGUGCAGGCGACGCCCGACACCUAAAGCGAGGCCCAGUCAGCGAAACAAUCCGAGAGUCCACGAUCCGUCAGCGCCAAUUGAGCGUCCAUUGGCGUUGCCAGCUCCAGCUCCAGCUCCAACUCCACCUUCUCCUCCAGAGCGUCGUCGAGCGUUUCUAGUGCCGCAGCGAUGCGCUCAAAUCGCAAAUUUCUUGUGCAGAUGCCUGGUGCACAUGAUGCAUCAUUGCGCUUGCUGCUGUCUCUGCUCGGCUCAAGCUGACAAAACCGAUGAGAAGUUCCAUCGUCGCGCCUCGGUUAAGAUGGGAGUACGCGUUAUCUAUCGCACCGAUGUCUUUCAUCAUCAGGCCCCGGAGCAAUAUGCCGCCUAUGCCGGACAACACAGUGCUGGGGCAGCGCAAUCGCCUCCGGCCAGUGCCACGCCCCCAUCUAGCAGCGAUGCUCACGCCCACGAUGCGGCACCCAGCAGCGCUGGCAGCGGAAGCGGUGGCGGUGGCGGUGGCUGUGGCAAGUCCAAAUCCAAAUCGGAACGCGGCGAUUCGUUCCCCAAGCUACGAUUGUCACCAAAAUCGUUUAGGUUCAGCGGUCGCUUUGGCCGCAGCAAGAGCGAGAUCGAAAAGUGUCCCAAUGAUCCUUUUCAUUGCUACAGCAAGUCCUUUCAGGAGCACUGCGACAACACUGGCAGCGGCAUGCUGCCACCGCAUAGUAAUGCCGGAGUCACAGGUGGCAUUGGGGGCAUCAGCGUUGGCCCUUGCGGCGGACCACAGGGAUCGGUGGAUAAACCGUUUCUGCUGCACGACGGUCGUGUGGGCUUAAAGGCCAGCCUCGACAAGGGUUGGUACACACACGGCGAGGAUGUUAACGUAACCAUCAACAUACGCAACGAUAGCCGCAAGACGGUGCGCAAAGUGCGGAUUUGCGCCAUUCAGCACGUGGAUGUUUGCAUGUUCAACAAUGGCAAAUUCAAGAAUGUCGUCGCCGAUUCCGACACCAUUUCACCCCCGGUGGAUCGCACCGUGCCACCCGGCGGCACCUUGAACACCACCAUCUCGCUGCGUCCGCAACGUGGCCCCACCAAGAACUGGAUUGCACUCGAGGAUACGCUGCAACGCAGCACUGAACCUGAUGAAAUCACCGGUGCCAUUGCCGCAUCGGCCAUACGCUCGCCGAACUUUGUCAUGCAGGCUGCCCAACUGCUUGCCGGUCAUCCGCUGGCCAGUCCAGCCAUGGCCUUGCCCCAGAUGCCACAAUCGGCUGGAAGUGUUGGCGGCUCUGGCAAUGCUGCAAGUGGAGCUGCCGCUUCCGCUGCUACUGCUGCUGCUGCUGCUGCAUCGACUGCUGGCAAUGUUGGUGCGGGAUUUGUGGAUGAUCGCAAUGUAUUUGCCAUCUAUGUCUCAUACUAUGUGAAGGUGAAGCUCACGCUUAGCGGCAUGGGUGGCGAACUGUCGCUGAAGCUGCCCUUUGUGCUCGUCCAUGUGGAUGAGACGCAGCGUCCCGGCUACAAUGGCACCACAGCGAACGCCUCCCACACACUCAGCGAACUGCGUAUGGAGAAACUGGCGUUGCACGAUGUGCCCGCUGGUCGCAAGAAUGGAAAACGUUGUGUCAACGCCUCCACAUCGACAUCGUUUGCCGGCGGCGAUGGACCCUCGACAAGUGCUGCAGCUGCAGCAGCAGCGGCCGCAGCAGCAGCCGCCUCAUCCGGCGGCAUUGAUGAGAUCGAAAUGGAUUACAUUGAGUCGGUGGAGGAUGAGUUCAACAUUUGUGUCCCAGUGCCCAGCGGUGGUGCUUCGAAUAACAAGCGGCGUCUGCAGCGCAGCGAGACAUUGGCCCACGACUAUGAGGAUAACGAGGAGCAGGAGAAUCAGUUGCAGGUGCAGGUGCAUCUCGAGCAGCAGGUGGAGGAGGAUCGAUUGCAGCGCCAGAAGAAGGCAGCCGAGACAGGUGCGGUGCCCAAGACGACCAAUGUUUGAUUCUGAUGGUCACAGAUGUUUGCCAAGCGCAAGAAGCCAUAAGAAAUGCGAAUGGAAUUGGCCUGGCAGCACUACAACAACAACUACAACUACAACUACAACGUAAGCCAAUAAUCAACACACACACACACACUAAAAAAAGAGGAAAAAACUAAAGUCUAGCAUAGAGAUAUUGUACAUUCAUUGCGCAUACAAGAUGAGUAUUCAGUUUCGGUUUCAAGGAGGCGACCUCCGACACAGUUCCAUUAGCUCUCCCUGCACCCGCCACCCCCAUUUAACAACCCCCAACAUCAUGUCCUGUUCCGCGAAAGGAACAAAAGCAUAUGGCGCAUUAUACAACUAGCAGAAAAUUGAAUUUAAGCAACCUGACGACACAAACUAAGGGAGGGAAAGGGAAAGAGCAGGUCGAGAAAAAGGAUAAAGCAUAUAGCAUAACUACUUGUCAACUUGUCGAUCGCAAAAAAAAAAGUCAGGUCAGUGGCACACCAAAGUGUUUUAGUUAUUGAUAGAAGUUUAGCAACAACAAAAAAAAAAGAAAACACAAAAAAAGGAUUUGGCGCUAAACGACUCUAAUUGGCUCAUGUCAAUAAUAGAAUGCAUUGCAAUUGUAAUUGCAAUUGCAUUUCAAAUUGAAAUUGGAAAUUGAAAAUGGAAAAUGGUAAAUUGAAAAAAAUGGACCAUUGGGAAUUUGAAAAUCGAACGUUGACAUUUGCGUGAACAGCGUUUGCAUUUGGAAUUGGAAUGUCAAUCAAAGAAAUCGUAAAUAGAUAUUAAUCCGAAACAAACGAAAAAAGUGAAGAAUACAAACUAUACAAUGAUAUUAAUCAACUAUAUACUACCAUAUAUACGAAAUAACUUAUUCGAUAUUUGGAUCGAUAAUGGCAAAGCAGCGUAAAUGAAAAACAAAAGUAUUUUAAAUAUAUCUACACAUACAGCAUACCACAAACUAAUUAUAUAUCGAUGUAUACCCACAAAUAGUUCAAUGAAAUUGACGUUAAUAUUGAUGUGCAAAUACUAUACAAUAUACAAUAUACAACAAAAAUUGAAAAAUCAUAUGCAAUAUACAUAUACACUAUAUAAAUGUAAUUCGAUGUAGCGAAACAAUAUUCAGUAUACACACAACUUUUAAAUGGAUCGAUAUCGAUAAGCCAUAUAAGGUAUAUUCAUAGUAUAACAAACAUAUUCAAUUAUCAAGAUAUCACAUAUGCUAUUCGAUUAUUAUUGCGCAUACUUUCUUAUAGACCAGAUAUCGAAAUAAUUCAAACAAUAUUAAUAAUCGAGUUUUUAACAAAGAACAACAACAACAAAAUGCCCUUGCAGAUCGUCCUUAAGAACAACACCAAAAAGAACAAACAACAAACCUGAACAUACAAUAUAUACGAUAAUAGCCAGUGACUGAAAAGUCUUAUGAACAAAACAUCCUCGAGUCCAAUUAUUUCUCAAAAUGUGUCCCCGCUAUAGGAUAUACAUAUAGAAUGUACUAUAGUUUGUGUGUGUAGGGUUUUUUUCUUCCUAUAUUUAAUUGCUGUUCUCAACGCCAACGUUUCUGCUGAUCAGCUGAGUUCACAUAGACACAGUUUUUCGUAUGAUACAGUUAACUGGUUUUUGAUAGGUGGUAAACAAAUACUAAUUUAAGAUGAUGCUAGAUUCAACAUUGUAUUCUUAAAGUUAAGCAAAUGAAUUACUAUGGUAAAUUAAUGCACCAACACUCUCUGCUGUAACUUUAUCUUUAAUGAUGUACGAGAGUAUUCAUAUUAUACUCUUAUAUAGAGUAUAUUUGCCAGCAAGCAGAACAUUUGCAAGGGUAUCGACGACGAAUACGAUUUUUAACUUUGAAGUUAAGUAUUUAGGAAUUCAAGAAUUUUUGCGGUUUCACCUGAAAAUGUAUUUACAAAAAAAGGAAAAAUUAAAAUUGCCUCUGACGAUAACAUAUCUGUGAGUUUUCCUAUACAAUUUUCCACGCGUUUUUUUUGUUCACUUUGAUUUUUGCAAUUCGAUAAAGAAAUGUGGAAAUAAUGAUUGGAAAGUUGAGCACCCUUGUGGUUUCUAGUUCACAAACUAAUUAAACAUUAUUUGCAAACGCUAAAUUUGCAAAUAUUAUUAAUGUAUCAGCGUUAAGUUAAAUACAGAUUGCAUGAAUUAAACCAUGCUCUGCAAUUAGCGGCAGUCACCACAUCGAGGCCGACACAAAAGUAAUCAAAAAAAAGAAAAAAAAGAAAACAAAAAUACAAAUGCAAAUAAUUUGAUGUUAUCUUUGAUAUAUAAAACGAAUAGAAAUGCGAGAACACUUUCGUUUGCGAAUAUUUCUAAUCGUACGUAAGGUUGAAAGUAUUUAUUGAGUUAUGCAUUUGUAAAUGCAUUUGAAUGUGUGCAUGAGACUGAAUGUGAAUACUUGCAUGAUAAAAUCGAAUGAAUGUGUUUGAAUGUUAGCAAUGCUUGUGGGCGCAUGUGUUUAUGAAUGUGACAGUAUGAAUGCCAAUAUUGAAAAACAAACCGAAAAAUCGUACAUGAAUAAGAUAAUAUGUUAAUACCAAAGAAAAAAAAAAUGACUAUGAAUGUGAAAAAUGCAAACGAAUGUGAAUAAUAAUAUGACUAUAUAAGAAAUAAGAUGGCUUUGAGUAUUGGCAUAACUUUAAAUAUGAAUAUAUAUAUUGUAAUGCAUAUGCAGCAUAUUACGAAUAUGAAUACGACUUUGAAAUGAAUACAAUUAUGAACUAUGUAUGACCAUGACUAUGAAGACACAAAUGAAUAUGAAUAUAGUGGCUA